AUGUCUACUUCAGAAUCCACAGCGAGCAAGGUCAUCCUCAUAUAUGGCGCUACCGGCAACAUUGGCAAGGUUGUCAUUGAAGAGUUGUCCAGGUCUGCUCAUCCACUCGCCCAGGACUUCACCCUCGUCGCUCUCACUCGGGAUGCCAACUCGGCCUCAACGCGCCGGCUUGCCGCCCUCCCCCAAGUGAUCACCAAGCAGAUUCCGGCGGACGGGAUGGACAAGCCUGGGAAGGCCGUCGCAGCGCUGGGGUACGAGAAGGGGUCAGUCUAUGGCGUGUUCAGCUGCCAGGGGUAUGUCACGCCCAAAGAGGACACUGCGCAAGGUAUCGCCAUUGCAGACAUGUGUGCCGACCUCGGCGUCCAGCACCUCGUCUACCUGUCUACCAACUUUGGUUCUGCGCCCGACACCGGUACCGAGAUCUUCGAAUGCAAGCGUCGGGUCGAAACCCACCUCUCAACUCUUUCCAUUCCUCACGUCACCCUCCUCCACCCCGCCCAAUUCAUGGACAACCUUCUCCCCUCCGCCCCCACAUUCCUCCGUAUGGGCCGGACCCUCCUCAUCCACCACGCCUUCAAGACGCACCCGGAGCGCAAGCAUCAGAUGGUCAGCACGCGGGAUAUCGGGAUCGCCGGUGCGCGGGCGUUCGAGGAGCCGGGACGGUGGAAGGUGCUCGAUCUGGCAGGGGACGAGAUUGACAUGGUUGAGCUACAGCAGACCUAUCGUGAGGUCAUGGGCGAGGAGGUGGAUACGCCGUUGGGGUUGAGGCUGGUCACGGGAAUGGGGAGGCGGUUUAUCGGGACCCCACGCGGAGUAGCCGAUUUCUUUGACAAGAUUGGGUACAACGUCGACAUUCCUCAGUGCCGGAAAGAUUUCCCGCAGGUUGAGACGCUCAGACAGUUCUUUGAGCGGAACAAGCCGAAGGAAGGGUAG